UUUCCACAGUGUGAAUUUGUGUGUUUACGGGUCUCCUCACCAUGAGUUGUCAACCUCACGCACACCUGCUCGUUAUUCUGCCUGUGAGAAAGUAAUUCAUGGGGGUCCAUCGCCCGGCAGGGUCGGCACAUUGAGGUGGCAUAAGGCUCCUUGGAGAUAGAGGAAUGCAAAUCUGCAACCAUGAUGGAAGGACUGAAAAAACGUACCAGGAAGGCCUUCGGGAUACGGAAGAAAGAGAAGGACAAUGAUUCCACGGGCUCCCCAGACAGAGAUGGGGGCAAGAAGACCAACGGGGCCCCCAAUGGUUUCUAUGGAGAGAUUGACUGGGACAGAUAUAACUCUCCUGAAGUGGAUGAAGAGGGCUACAGCAUUAGGCCUGAUGAACCACCUGAUGUCAAAGCUAAAACCCACUUCUUCUCCUCUGAUGAGUCCGAAGAAGAGGAAGACCAUCGGAAAAAAUUCAAGAUCAAAAUCAAGCCGAUGCCAGCAGAUUGUGCUGUGACGGCACCUUCAGUAGAUGAACUGAAGGCCUCCAUAGGCAACAUUGCCCUGUCCCCGUCUCCUUUGAGAAAAUAUCCAAGACGUAGCCCGGGAUUAAUAAAAAGGAAUACCUCCACUGAAGAGAUCGCCAGACCGAGACGCACCAUACACACCCCAAGUUAUCUGGCUAAAUCACCACUCCCUGAAGAUGCUACAGCCUUAUUUGGGCCUCCGUUGGAAACGGCCUUUGGGGAGCAUAAAACUGAAGCUGAUCUGUCUGAGUCUGAUGUAUGGGGGGCACCUCUGUCAGAACCUGAAUCCUCUCUGAACAGACCUUUCCCCACAGGAACACCGCCUCCGCUUCCACCCAAGAAUGUCCCGACUUCUCCCCCUACGACCAGCCCUCCUUCUCCAGAUGCUACUGGUUCCUCUUCCCCGGUGAGACCCGCGACUCCGUCGUCCGUCAACCCCAACCCUCCACCGCCUCCGCCCCGCCCUCCCUCGCGACCCAAACUUCCCCCGGGAAAACCCACUGUAGACUCCAAUCGGCCAUUCAGUCCCCCGGUCCACUCGGCUAGCCCGCCUCCAAUUGCCCCCCUGGCGCGGGCAGAGAGCACCUCCUCGAUUUCCUCCACCAACUCUCUAAGCGCUGCCACCACCCCCACUGUUGAGAAUGACCAGCCAUCCCUGGUAUGGUUUGACAGAGGGAAGUUUUAUUUAACCUUUGAAGGUUGCUCCAGAGGGCCCAGUCCCCUCACCAUGGGGGCCCAGGACACUCUCCCAGUUGCAGCUGCAUUCACAGAGACAGUAAAUGCCUUUUUUAAAGGAGCUGACCCCAACAAGUGUGUUGUGAAGAUCAUAGGCGAGAUGGUGUUGUCGUUUCCAGCAGGGAUUACACGGCACUUUGCCAAUAACCCCUCCCCUGCCGUGCUAACCUUCAGCAUAACCAACUACAGCCGGCUGGAGCAUGUGCUGCCUAACCCCCAGCUCCUCUGCUGCGACACCACCACACAAGCCAAGGCCAAUGCCAAGGACUUCUGGGUAAACAUGCCAAACCUGAUAACCCACUUGAAGAAGGUGGCGGAGCAGAAGCCUCAAGCGACCUACUACAACGUGGACAUGCUCAAGUAUCAGGUGUCAGCACAGGGCCAUCAGUCAACUCCUUUGAAUCUGGCAGUGAGCUGGAGGUGUGAGCCCACCAGUACAGACCUGAGGAUAGACUAUAAAUACAACGCGGAGGCCAUGUCAACGCCCAUGGCCCUCAACAAUGUCCAGUUCCUCAUCCCUGUUGAUGGAGGGGUCUCCAAACUGCAGGCUGUACUGCCCCCUGCUGCAUGGAAUGCGGAGCAGCAAAGAAUUCUGUGGAAGAUCCCUGACAUCUCACAGAAAUCUGAAAACGGAGGUGUGGGAUCGUUGUUAGCCCGCUUUCAGCUAACAGAGGGCCCCAGUAAACCAUCUCCGCUAGCAGUGCAGUUCACCAGCGAGGGUAGCACCAUGUCGGGCUGUGACAUCGAACUUGCCGGUCCAGGAUACCGCUUCUCGCUCAUCAAGAAGAGGUUUGCCGCAGGAAAAUACUUGGCAGACAACUAACCCAUACUACUGAGAACAGCGCUACUGAACAAAACAAAACUGACAAUGGUCUCCAUGGACUGAGGUGGACAUAAAGGAGAGAGGACAGACCGACACCACAGAUGGACUGAU